AUGCAUCACCGAGAUGAUAAUGAUCCAUAUAGUACGGCCAUCGUAGAAGAUCUGCUGUAGUCUUAAUCUGAAUGGAAAAAUAUCAAUGAUAUUAUCAGAUUGACAUUUAAGGCUUUAACGGAUGUUGUAAAAUCUCAAGGAGAAAGUAUUCGAGAAAUCGAGAAGCAACUUUCAACAAGAGCAUCUAAAAACGAACUUCAUUCGGGAUUAGCACUAAAAGCCAAUAUUAAUGACAUCUCAAGAACCAUAGCAGAGAUAGCUGCCAAUCUUGAUACCAAAAUUACAUACGAAGAUUCUCAAGUUUUAUUGAAGGAUUACGUGUUGAAAGCAGACAUGCAGUAUUUGUUGAGCAACAAAAUUGAUGUCGACGAGAUGAAGCAAUUGUUAGAAAAAUAAUAAGCAGGAGAAUUCAAAGGAGAAAUGUAAAAUAUGAAACACAAAAUCGAAGAACUACAAACACAGAUCUCCAAGAAAUUCUAACAAGUUCCAAGCAUGAAAGAUUUUUCACAAUUGUCUUAACAUGUAGAACUUAAAGCCAAUCUAUAAGAAAUGAAUGAAUUACUAGAAACCAAGGCUAGCAAACAUUAAGUGCAAUAAGCAGUAAAUAAAAAAAUCAGCAAAUAAGAAUUAGAUCAGAUUUUGUAAAAUUACUCAUCUCUAGAAGACCUAUAACCAAUCAUCUAAAAUCUAGAUUAGAAGGCAUCCUUAGAUUAAAUUGACAAGAUUGCCUCAAUUUUAGAAGUCAAAGUGGAUAGAUAAGAUUUCUCAAUCCUGAUCAAUUCAUUACAAAACAAGGCUGAAACACAUCAAUUAGAAGUGAUUAAAGAACAAUAAUAAGAAUUAAAAAAUGUUGUGGAAUCCAGAUUACAAGACAACAAUUCUAUUAUGAUUGAAAUGAAACAAUAAGUUGAUGGAGUAACUAAACAAUUAAACAAGAAAGCUGAUAAUAAGGAAUUCGAUAAAUACAUGCAAUCCAUAAACUCACUUUAGGGAGAAUUGGAUGGCUAUUCUUAAAGAUUUAAUAAGUUUUCUCAAGAGAUCAUCUCAGACCUUGAUCGAUUGAGGAAUGAGAUCUUAGAAUCUAAAUAAUUCACAAGUGAACAGAUGCAAACUACUAUAAUGAAAUCUACUCAUUUAUCUGAGAAAUUGACAGAGGAAUUGUACAACUUGUCUGAGAAUAUUAAACAAAUGGAUGAUGACAAGAGAGAAGAAUUAGAUGAUCUCAAAAAAAUAGUUAAUAAUCUGAGGUUACAAAAAAAAGAUAUUUAAUAAAAAGUAGACUAAAUGCAAGAGUAUCUAGACGAAUUUAAAUCCGAUCAAGUGUUUAAACAAUUAUAAAGAUAAGUUCAAUAGAUGAAUAAAGAAAUAAGCGAAGUUAAAGCCAAGUAAUUAUCAUAUGAAGACGAAUAACAUAUCUAAGUCUAAAUUGAAUAAUAACUAUAGAGGAGAGUUAAUGAGAUCAAGAAAACAGGUUCCAAUCAAGAUGGGGUUAAGAAUAUCAAAUAAGAAGUCUCGUAAAUUGUCACUAAAAAGAUAUCUUCAUUUGAAUAACAAUUAAAUCAAUUAGAGAUUAAUUUAAAAUAGAGGGUCCUUUACUAAGACUUUGAAGAAUUAAAAAAUAUUAUCUAAAAAUUAUGUAUUGAUCAAGAUGAAAGAGCUUAUCAGAAGGAUUUAACCAAACAUAUUUAGUUGACCAAAUAUACAUUGGAUUUAAUAUAAAAGGACAUGAUGCUCAAAGCUGGAAUAUAAGACAUGAUUACCAUCCUAGACACUAAAGCAAACAUUCCUGAAAUCAAUCAAGCCUUUGAAGCUAUACAUAAUGAUUUAUAAACCAAAGUAUCAGCAGAUGAUUUAUCUAAUUAUCUCAAAAGCUAAAAUUAAAUCUAUGAAUCACUUUGCUAAGAAAACAUUGUGGCUAGAUUUUAGUGGAGAUCAGGUGAAACACAAAAUCAUCUAAUCCCUUGGGAAUAUGAAGUUAUCAACACUUUACCAGAGAACUUUGUGUGGGAAAAAGGAAAAAGCUCUAUUUUAAUUGUUGCCCCUGGGGUCUAUCACAUUGCCUACGCAUUUUUCUCUAAAGAAAAAUAAACUGUCUCAGUGCUUAUCAAUGGAGAGAACAUUGCCACCUUAGAUCAAAAGAAGAAAUCUUCAGAAUAUACUGGUUUAAAUGCUCAAGACUUUAUAGUUUUGCCAAAUAGAGCUAGACUCUAAGUUAGUUAUAGUGGAGGAAAAGGGGGAAGGGUUCCUUAGUUUAAAGAGACUGUGAAAACCAAUUCAUAUAUUUAAGUCAUUAAUGUUACAUUUUAAUAUUAAUUUAAUUUCAACUAUGAUUCAUCAUUUUCUGUUCGAAAAUUGAAGUGGUAAUGCAAACAUCGAAAUGAUAUCAAAUGA